GUCUGCAUAUGGUAUUGUAUGUUGUAUCCACUAUCCACGUGUGUGACAGACAUAGACGUAGUAAAUCGCAAUCAGUCUUGCAUUGAAACCACGACUAUUUCUAGUAAAAUGGCUGGAGGUGAACAAGCCUCACACAGACCUGGUCUUUUGAAACAACAAAAUAAAUCGCAUAAAACUGGCAGGCACAGAAGUAAAAGUGAAAUUGAUAAGAACAACAAAGGUAGAGUUCAUGUUAAAUUAAUAUCGAAGCGGAAAAAUCAAGAAUUAAAACGUGAUGAAAGAAGAAAAAAAGCCAACCAGUUAAGAUCCAAGAAACGAGAAGAUAUUCUGGCCAAAAAGAGGGCCAUAGGGGGAAGUGAUUCAGCCCCUUUUCUGUCUGCAAUUAUACCAAUAGGAGAAUCUGCCAAUUUGCAAAAAUUGUUGAAACAAAUGAAAGAGUGUGAUGCUGAUGCCAAAGUGGAGAUUACAGGCUGCAACAUAAUGCACAUAAAUAUACCACGUUUUAGGCAAAACUUCAGUUUGAUAAUCCCCCAACCUGGAGAUCUUUAUGCUGCAUUAGAUGCUUGUAAAGUAGUUGAUAGUGUUAUAUUCCUUGUAUCACCUCCAUCUGACAGUGACAGCUGUGUGUCACAUUCAACAAAUAAUGAAGGAGUGCUAGGGUUUGACAGUAGUGGCGAAGAAUUACUGUCAGCCAUCAUGGCGCAAGGGCUUCCAUCUCCAAUUUUUGUUGUUAACGACAUCGAUGCGAUUUCUGCGAAGAAACGUAAUGACUAUAAAAAACUUCUUCUAAAACAGCUAGAUCAGAUGGUUCCUGUAGAGAAGCUUCAGGUAAUUGAAAAUGAAAGUGACGCACUGAGGCUGUUUCAUCAAAUAGGGUCGCAAAAACAACGACCAGUUUACCAAAGAAACAUGAGAUGCCAUUUUCUUUGUGAAGAAGUAAAUUUCAAACAAAGUCUGGAUGAUCCAACGGUUGGUACGUUAAUUGUUGAUGGAUAUGUGCGAUAUCAACCUUUAAAUGUAAAUGGCCUAGUUCAUAUACCGGGAUGGGGGGAUUUUCAAAUGGAACGAAUCGAAGUCCAAAGAAAUCCAGGAGAAUUUAUAUUCCUCGAAGAGGCUAAUCCCUCUCUCCAGGAAACGCUGAAAUCAGAAAACGAUCCUGAUCCCAUGAAUGGCGAGCAGACUUGGCCCUAUCAAGAAGAAAUGGAUGGCCAAACUUUGGAAGAUGGCAAGAUAGAAGAUAACGAAGAAAUGGAAAUUAAGAAGCGAUUCCCAAAGGGUACAUCGGAAUAUCAAGCGGCAUGGAUCAAAGAUGAUGAUAAUGAUGCCAACCAAGAAGAUGAAAAAGAAGAAGACGACAGUGACGAUUGGGAAGACGAUUGUGAAGACGAUUGUGAAGAUAUGAUUGAAGAUGAUGAUAAUGAAAGCGGAACUUCAUCGGAAGAAGAUGAAGAAGACGAAAUGGAGUCCGUGGAAAUGGAAGGCGGAGAUACUCAUGUCUAUGACAAGAAAGUUAAUUUCGCUGAUGAAGAAAACGAUCUAAAAAGAAUUAAAGAAGCCCGAGAGGAUGAGCUUUUUCCCGAUGAAGUUGAUACACCACGUGACACUUUGGCCAAAGUACGCUUUCAGAAAUAUCGUGGCCUGAAAUCCUUCCGUACGUCGCCUUGGGAUCCGAAAGAAAAUUUACCUAUGGACUAUUCUAGAACUUUCCAAUUUCAAAAUUUUCAGCGUACUCGAAAGCGAGUCUUGAAAGAAGAGCGGACUGGAGCUAAGCCUGGAUGGUACGUAAGAGUUCAUGUCAAGAAUGUACCGAGCCAUUUACCAGCGGGUCUUCAACCUGGCUAUCCAUUGGCACUAGUUGGCAUGUUACCUCAUGAACAGAAAAUGAGUGUGAUUAAUCUCGUUUUAAAGAGGUUCAAAAAUACUCGGGAUCAACAGGCGAUUCCCUCGAAAGAAAGGUUGAUCUUUCAUUGCGGAUAUCGUCGGUAUGCCGCAUCCCCUAUUUUUAGUCAACACACUGCAGCCAAUAAGCAUAAAUACGAGAGGUUCUUUCGACCGGAAUCGGUAGUAGUGGCAACUCUUUAUGCUCCAAUUAUGUUUCCGCCUGCGUCUGUCCUAGUAUUUCGAGAAAAGAAGGAUGGAAGCCAAAUUAUGACCGCGACUGGAUCAGUUUUAUCUGUUAAUCCUGACCGUAUUACAGUUAAACGAGCUGUCUUGAGCGGAGCACCUUUUAAAGUACACCGCAAAUCGGCCGUCCUCCGUUUUAUGUUCUUUAACCGCGAAGACAUUGAAUGGUUUAAGCCAGUUGAACUAAGGACGAAAUAUGGUCGACGAGGUCAUAUCAGAGAACCACUUGGAACACACGGCCACAUGAAAUGUGUAUUUGACGGCCAGAUCAAAUCACAGGAUACAAUAAUGAUGAACCUUUACAAGCGUGUGUUUCCGAAAUGGAGCUACGAUCCCAAUGUUGCAUUUCCGCCUGCUUUAUACAACCAUGAAGCAGAAAUGGAGGACGCCGCUAACCAGUUGAUGUCAUAAAUAAAACGGUUUCAACUCCUC